AUGGCUCCCGGCAUCAUCUCCCCCGGCCUCCAUCAUGGCAACCAGGACAUUGACCUGACCUCCUCAGCCAUCGAGCACAAGCUCGACGCCCUCCCCAAGAAGAACGGCACCAACGGCCACAGCAAUGGCUCCGCCCCCGCCUACCAGGAGCUCGACGCCUCCAAGCUCACCUUCACCCGCACCAAGAACCCUCGUCCCGUCCCCGACCUGGCCACCGCCAACUCCGGGCCCGAGACCAUCUGCACCGACCACAUGAUCGCCGCGACCUGGAAGGCCGGCUCCGGCUGGUCUGCCCCGGAACUCAAGCCCUACGGUCCCAUCUCCCUCAUGCCCACCGCCUCCGUCUUGCACUACGCCACCGAGUGUUUCGAGGGUCUCAAGGCCUACCGCGGCUUCGACGGCGCCCUUCGCCUCUUCCGUCCCGACCGCAACUGCGAGCGUAUGCUCAUGUCCUCCACCCGCAUCGCCCUCCCCUCCUUCCCUCCCGCCGAGCUUGAGAAGCUCCUCAUCACCCUCAUGGCCGUCGACGGCCCCAAGUGGCUCCCCCGCGACCGCCCCGGCUCCUUCCUCUACCUCCGCCCCACCAUGAUCGGCACCCAGUCCGCCCUCGGCGUCCAGGCGCCCUCCGAGGCCAUGCUGUACAUCAUCUGCAGCUUCAUGCCCGUCAUGGACAGCCCCGCCGGCGGCAUGAAGCUGCACACGAGCCCCGAGGACAUGGUCCGCGCCUGGGUCGGCGGUUUCGGCUACGCAAAGGUCGGCGCCAACUACGGCCCCUCGCUGCUCGCCACCGCCGAGGCCCGCAAGCGCGGCUUCGGCCAGAUCCUCUGGCUCUACGGCCAGGAGCAGUACUGCACCGAGGCCGGCGCCAGCAACUUCUUCGUCGUCUGGAAGAACAAGGACACCGGCAAGACCGAGCUCAUCACCGCCCCGCUCGACGACCGUCUCAUCCUCGACGGCGUCACCAGACGCAGCGUCCUGCAGCUCGUGCGCGAGCGCCUCGCCGGCGACGUCGAGAUCGUCGAGAGGAGAUACACCAUUGACGAGGUCAUUGAGGCCGACCAGGACGGUCGUCUCAUUGAGUCUUUUGCCGCUGGCACCGCUUUCUUCGUCUGCCCCAUUUCCCUGAUCCACCACCGCGGCAAGGACGUUGCGAUCGGCAUGGGCAGCGACGGCGAGGGCGGCGAGUACACUCUCAAGAUCAAGAAGUGGAUGAAGGACAUCAUGUACGGCGGCGAGCAGCACGAGUGGGGCGUCGUCGUGCAGGAGGAGCAGUAA